UCCCGUGGAGGCGCGCGGACCGCCAUGGAUGUCAUGUUCUCGUCGGUCCAGCACUUUUGUGCCUUGUACCUUGUUCAAUGCUCCCUAGGCCUCCUCGCCCCGGAAUCAGUCGGAACUUGCGGGUCCGAGCUGCCCAUCUGGACCCAACUCGUGCUCCACCUCCUCCUCGGCCUCUUCCUGCUCCCCCUCGCCCGCGCCGCCCUCACCCACCGCGCUCCUCCUCCUCUUGCUCCUCCUCGCCGCCACGCCGUGCUCCAGCGUCGUCCUCCCCGCCCAACGAGAUCCCGCCCGGACCUCUUCGGCAUGGAACGCUACGAGGCGCGCCUGAUCGACUUCCUAGAGCGAGAGCGAGACGACGACGACAGCAGCAGCAGCAGCAGCAGCACGGUCUCGACGUCGAUGCUGGCGAUAACCGGCGCGCGAGGCGUCGGAAAGAGCACGCUGCUACGCCUCGCCCGCACGUACUACUACCAGCAGCGCUUCUUCGGGUACAUCCUCUACGCCGACGCCGGCCAAGACGGGUUCACGGCCGACGCGCUGCGGGGAGAACUGGCCAGGGGCGUCGGCUGGUUCAGGCCGCCGGCGGCGGCGAGCACGGACCACAUCGCUACCUUCCUCCGGAGCCAGUCGUUCCUGCUGCUGCUGGACGACGUCCAAGCCGGCGGCCUGGGCUUUGAUCUCGCCGACGCCGGCCUGCCGACGACGACGACGCCGCUUGGUCCACGGCAGAAGGUCGUCUUCGCCACGCGUCACGAGUCCGUCUGCGCUGCGAUGGGUUGCGCCGACGACGAGGGCAACGUUAUUCGGAUGGGCUGUUUGGGAGACGACGACGCCUGGAACUUGUUUCAGUACUGUGUCGGAGGUAACAUUAUUGAUUCUAAUCCAAUGAUCAAAGCGAUCGCAAAAGAGAUGGUUGGCAAGUGUGGCGGCUACCCCGGAGCCUUAGUCAGGGUGGGUCUAUCGAUGUCAAUCCACAAUCAAUUGGAGUCAUGGAUUUACGCGGAUGAGGUGCUAAGCAAAAACCCACCACCCGGACCCGGUGCGAUUCAUCAGGACAAUGAUGAUCAAGGAUAUCCUUGUCUGCAGUCUUUCAUGGAGGAAUUUGGGUGUUAAUUUGUACUCCGCUAGUUUUCACCUCUUGAAUCGUGAUACAAAUA